AUGGCGGAUACUUCUUAUGCGAGGACUGGAAUAUUAGAAGUUUAUGUCCGUGAGCAAUGGCAUAGGGUUUUAGUUACACUUGACGAAGACUGCCUUAGUAUUAGUCUAGAUGAAAGCUAUGAUGCCACUACUAAUGGUCAAUCCAAUGGGUUAUCGGUGAUGUCAGAUUCCGAACUGCCGGAUAUAUCGGAAAGUAUUGCCAAUCAAAACAGACUGGUUCGUGUAGUUAAACACGAUAAUAACGGACUUGGUAUCAGUAUUAAAGGUGGAAAGGAAAACAAGAUGCCAAUUUUGAUAAGUAAAAUAUUUAAAGGAAUGGCAGCAGAUCAGACUGAACAAUUAUAUGUAGGAGACGCUAUUCUUUCAGUAAAUAAAGAAGACUUAAAAGACGCAACUCACGAUGAGGCUGUUCGAGCGUUGAAAAGAGCUGGAAAAAUUGUUGACUUAGAAG